AGCCAAUCAGGCGGCUCUCGUGGAGGCAGCUAGCGCGAGGUUGGGGGAGUGCUUAGCCGAGCGUCGUGCCCUGCGCUGCCCAGACUAGCGAACAAUACAGAGUCAAGAUGGCUAAAGGUGACCCGAAGAAGCCUAAGGGCAAGAUGUCUGCUUAUGCCUUCUUUGUGCAGACAUGCCGUGAAGAACAUAAGAAGAAGAAUCCAGAGGUCCCUGUCAACUUUGCAGAGUUUUCCAAGAAAUGCUCAGAGAGGUGGAAGACUAUGUCAGGGAAAGAAAAGUCCAAGUUUGAUGAAAUGGCAAAAGCUGACAAGGUACGAUAUGAUCGAGAAAUGAAGGACUAUGGACCAGCUAAAGGAGGCAAAAAGAAGAAGGAUCCUAAUGCCCCCAAAAGGCCACCGUCUGGCUUCUUCCUGUUCUGCUCAGAAUUCCGUCCCAAGAUCAAAUCUACAAACCCCGGCAUAUCCAUUGGGGAUGUGGCAAAAAAGCUUGGUGAAAUGUGGAACAAUCUGAGUGAUAGUGAGAAGCAGCCUUACAAUAAUAAGGCAGCUAAACUGAAGGAAAAAUACGAGAAGGAUGUUGCGGACUAUAAGUCUAAAGGAAAGUUUGAUGGUGCAAAGGGUGCAGCUAAGGCAGCCCGGAAAAAGGUAGAGGAAGAAGAUGAGGAGGAUGAAGAGGAGGAUGAGGAGGAUGAGGAUGAAGAUGAUGACGAAUAAAACUGUACUAUACUUGUCUCCAUGUGAAUACCAUAGAGUAGGGGAAACACCGUAAAUGAAGCACCUCUUGUUUGAGUGAGAUGGUGUCUAUUGCCCUCAUUAGGUUUAAUUACAAAAUUGGAUUCUGAUCACAUUGUAGUUUCUAAAAGUGCUCUAGAAAUUGUAACUGGUUUACAUGAAGUGGCCAUGGGUGUAGUGAGCACCCUGAAACUGUAUCAAAGUUGUACAUAUUUCCAAACAUUUUUAAAAUGAAAAGGCGCUCUAGUGUUCUCCUCACUCUGUGCACUUUGCUGUUGGUGUAACAAAGCAUUUAAAAAUGUUUCAAGCAUUUUUUAAUUUGUAAGGUGGUGUUAACUAUAUGGUUAUUGGCUAGAAAAUCCUGGGUUAUAAACUGUACAUAUCUAUAGUUUGUAAAAACUAGACAAAUUCUUGUGGUACAUGCUUGGAGUUGUGAUGCCUUAGGGAGGGAAAAUUACUUUGGAAGGUUAUACGGCCUUCCAUAGGGUGCCAUGGCCCAGAGCAUGCACUGUGAGGGUAGAUCUAUUUACACUACAGUGGGCGUCCAUUUAGCUUAAAGUUGUCUUUCUGUAUAUAGUGAACUAGCAUUCUGCUGCCAUUCUUAGUUGUGGAAGGGGGUUCAGCUGGCAUGAGAAGUGUAUGGGAUUUUUUUAGUUAAGUGCGGUAGUUUUUAAACUGAAACUGUAGACCUCUUCCUUGACAGCAAAGCGAAGAGCCAGUGCAGCAAUUAAAGUUCAAAAACCGUCUGUACUUAAGCAAAUUUGCAACGUUAUGUUAUUUUUUUGUAUGUUUAGAAUGCUGAAAUGUUUUUGAAGCAAAAUAAACAGUAUUACAUUUUUAAAACUGUUCUUGACAACAUUCUAAAUUUCUGGGUUGAAAACAAGUCAACAGCCAAAAAAAAAAAAAGAAAAAUCAGUUCAUUAGAAGUCUGGCAUCCCCCAAGAGGCUGGUAAUUUAGGAAAUACUCUGUCUUGUACUUAGGAAAAAAGUGGUGGCCAGUUUAAUUAUAACUGAGCCGAGUGAGAUGGCUACUUAAGCUAAUAUGCGAUUUUAAUUGUUUAUGGCUGAGUAGCAGUAAGAUGCUAUGCAAGUCUAAACUCUAUUACUUGAAUGUGGGAGCCAAAAUGAGAACAUUCGUGACCUUUUUUUGCUGUAUAUCGCAGCAUUCAGAUGCAGAAAGGUAGGUGGUUAGGAUUGAGGCUGACUCCACUAAAAGGUAUAUGAGAACAUUUAAGUUUGUCUUUAGUUGUGUUGGGUCCACUUUAAGCCCAAAUGCAUUGCUGUAUAUAUUAAAAUGUGCCUUUUUUGUCAUGUGUUAAACUGUUUCAAACUUG